CUUUAUCCUCCCUCACACUCACACUCACACUCAUACCCACACCUCUCCUUAUCUUUACAUUUACCCUACUUCAUCUCUUUUCUCACAUUCAAAUUCGUUAUGCGUUUCUUUGGUAUCAGCUCAAUUGCCUCGGUUCUUUUAUUGGCCGUUAGCACUACUCAGGCCGCAACUGUAUGCACUGUCAAGACUUCAAGCAGUGGAGAUGACUCUGUCUCGAUCAAUGCUGCAUUUGCAGCCUGUAAGAACGGCGGUACUGUUGUGUUUCCUGCCGGAGCUACUUUCAACAUGAAGUCUGUUGUGUCUGCCACUGGCCUGAGUAACGUCAAGGUUGAGUUUGGAUCGACUGUCAACCUGCCUGCCUACAACACCGCCUUUGAGUCCGCAAUUGCCUAUUUUUAUCUUGCCGGUGAUAAGAUCAACUUCUCUGGAAAGGGUACCUUUUACGGAAACGGUCAGGCGUGGUACAAUGCUGUCAACAGAAAUGCUCCUGUGGUGUUUAAGCCAAAGGCUACCAACUCUUACUUUGGUGGCUUUACAAUCAAGCAAGCUCCCCGGGCACACUUUAGUAUCAAUGGAUGCAGCAAUACUAUUUUUGAGAACCUGACCAUCAAUACCGUUUCUUCUAAAGCAAGCUAUCCUGCCAAGAACACUGAUGCGUUUGAUGUUUCUGGAUCGACCGGGAUCACUAUCCGCAACUCUAACAUUGUUAACGGCGACGACUGUAUUGCUGUCAAUGGUGGUGUCAGUGGCUUGACUGUCUCUGGCCUUACCUGUACUGGAAGCCACGGUUUCAGUGUCGGAUCCCUCGGCAAGGAUGGCAAGACUGAUGUUGUCUCCAACUUGAAUUUCUUGAACAACAAGUGUAUCAACUGUCAAAAUGGUGUCAGAGUUAAGACCUGGCCUGGAGGAAAGGGUAGCGUUACUGGUGUCAAGUUUGACAACAUUAGCCUUCAGAAUGUCGAUAAUCCUAUCAUUAUUACAACACACUACUGUGAUAAUGAAAAGUCAUCCAGCUGCAAUUCUGCAAGUACCUCUUUGAGUAUCAGUGGUGUCACUCUCAACAACAUCUAUGGAACUGUGUCUUCCACUGCAAAGGAACCUAUUGUCAACAUCAACUGCUCCACAGGUAGCCCUUGUAAGAGUGUCACCCUUACCAACAUUAAUGUCACUCCUGCAUCCAACACUCCCAAAAACAUCUGCACCAAUCUUAGUGGAUCAUCUUCUAUCUCUUACUGCAAGUAAUGGGGUCAAUUGGCGGCAUGAUUAGAUAGUAUAUGUCCUGUGGGAAACAUGUUCAUUAUAUACAUUUAGAAACAUUUUCUUAUAUUUUAAUAUACCUUUACAUAUAUCAUCAUUACUAUCCAAAAAAAAAUUGUGUGUGUGUGUGCCUAUAUAAUACCGAAUGUGAUACAAUAAAUUACCAAGCCUUUUAUCUGAU